CUCAUGCGUUAUUGCUCUCAACGAUCUCACGCCGCCAUCGCUCUCGCCGUCCUUCUCUUCUUCGCUCUCCUUUUUGCUCUCUUUCGAGGGUUUUCUCGUGAACAACGCUUCGGAAUUCACCACCCCGCACCAUGUCUAAAGUUCUCGGCUUUUCCGGAGGUGAUGACUUUUGCCCUGGGGGAUCAAUAUACGCCAACCCCAAGGAAGCAAGUUUCUUCCUGCCUCUUGGUCCUCAAGUUGAUGUGUACUUUCCUCCUCGUAAGAGAUCACGUGUCAAUGCCCCAUUUGUUUUUGAUGGAGAAUGGUUUGAGCAGAAGCAGAAAACCUCUAUUGAAGCCUUGCCAGAUGAGUGUCUCUUUGAGAUCUUUAGGAGGUUGCCUGCUGGCGAAGACCGGAGUGCAUGUGCUUGCGUUUCCAAGCGCUGGCUCAUGCUUCUAAGCAGUAUUUGCAAGAACGAAAUCUGCGUUAACAAAAGUGUGGAGAUCAAGAGUGAAAAGGAGGGUGAUGAUGUUGAAUUUGGUGGUGAGGGAUACCUCUCUCGAAGCUUGGAAGGAAAGAAGGCAACAGAUGUUAGACUUGCUGCCAUAGCUGUUGGUACUGCAUCUCGAGGAGGAUUGGGGAAGCUUUCCAUCCGUGGAAGCAACAUGGUUCGUGGGGUAACUAGUCUUGGUCUCAAGGCAGUUGCUCAUGGAUGCCCUUCUUUGAAGUCUCUUUCUCUAUGGAAUGUUGCCACUGUUGGUGACGAGGGCCUAAUUGAGAUUGCUAAUGGAUGUCAACAGCUGGAGAAGCUUGACCUUUGCAAGUGCCCCUCAAUUUCUGAUAAGGCUGUAAUUGCAAUUGCAAAGAACUGCCAGAAUCUGACUGAGCUGUCCUUAGAAUCAUGUCCUAACAUUGGCAAUGAAGGUCUUAGAGCUAUUGGGAAGUUCUGCUCCCAUCUAAGGUCCAUAUCUAUCAAGGACUGCAGUGGUGUUAGUGAUCAGGGAAUUGCUGGAUUGUUUUCUUCAACAUCUUUGGUUCUCACAAAGGUGAAGCUCCAGGCACUGACUGUUUCUGAUCUCUCUCUAGCUGUUAUUGGACAUUAUGGCAAGUCGGUUACCGAUAUUGUCCUUAAUUGCCUCCCAAAUGUCAGUGAGAAGGGGUUCUGGGUCAUGGGUAAUGGUAAUGGAUUGCAGAAGCUGAAGUCUCUCACUGUUGCAUCCUGCAGAGGAGUAACAGAUAUUGGGCUUGAAGCUGUUGGAAAGGGUUGUCCAAAUCUGAAAAUUGCUCACCUUAACAAGUGUGCAUUUCUGUCAGACAAUGGGUUGAUAUCAUUCGCCAAGGCAGCUUCAUCACUCGAGAGCCUUCGAUUGGAAGAGUGCCACAGGAUUACCCAAUUUGGGUUUUUUGGUGUCCUUUUUAACUGUGGUGCAAAAUUGAAGGCCAUGUCGUUGAUGAGCUGCUACGGGAUCAAAGAUCUGAAUUUGGUGUUGCCAACAGUGACUCCAUGUGAAUCACUUCGAUCAUUGUCUAUCUGCAACUGCCCUGGAUUUGGCAACGCCUCCCUGUCUGUGUUGGGAAAGCUGUGCCCUCAGCUUCAGCAUGUUGAAUUGAGUGGACUCGAGGCAGUGACAGAUGCAGGUCUUCUUCCACUGCUUGAGAGUUCUGAGGCUGGUUUGGUUAAAGUGAAUCUUAGUGGUUGCACAAACGUUACCGACAAAGUUGUUUCAUCCUUGGUCAAUCUGCAUGGUUGGACCCUUGAAAAUCUUAAUCUUGAUGGUUGUAAAAACAUCAGCGAUGCUAGCUUGAUGGCAAUUGCUGAAAACUGUGCAUUGCUAUGUGAUCUUGAUGUCUCCAAGUGCACGAUAACAGAUGCUGGGAUUGCAGCCCUGGCACAUGCCAAACAGGUUAAUCUGCAAAUUCUUUCUUUGUCAGGUUGUACUUUGGUCUCAGACAGGAGCUUGCCCGCUUUGAGAAAAUUGGGUCACACCCUGUUGGGACUCAACAUCCAGCACUGCAAUGCAAUCAACAGCAGCACGGUUGACACGCUUGUGGAGCUUCUCUGGAGGUGUGACAUCCUCUCCUGAGCUGGAAGAACUAAUCUCACACUGCAAUUUAGGCCAGGAUCACAACUUGCAGGAAGCUUGUUAUGCAUAGUGUUGCACAGUAGUUUUUAGGUCCAUUAACCGGUCUUCAUCGUCCAGUGACUCGGUUUUCUUUUUCUGGAGUGUGCAGUCAUUUAGCCUUCAUUUUUUGCAGGUUCCUUCAAUGGGAAACCUGUUCUUUUUUGGCAUCCAUCGCCACCUUUUAAAUGGCUGCAUAUCUCUGAUAACAUAGCUACCGGGUUCUGGAGUUAGGAAUCUUUGUUACUGGUGUUGGCACCUGAUGUUUUUAGCUCAGCUUUGCGUCGGUUUUGCCCCCAUGUGUGUCUUAGUUUUCUGUUUCAAGUUUUUACAGUUACCUGUACCUCUCUUAAGUUGUUUACCAAAUGUGUCAUGUGUUUGAACUAUGUUCUUCACAUGAUGUUUGGGAUAAGUUUUACUCAAAGGGCAGGUUAGAAGCUCCAGUGUUAUGUGCUCUUGUCAGGCUGGUUGAAGUUGUCAAGUUCGGUGUUAUGAAGCCUUGUUUUUUAGGGCUUGGCUAUGGCAGCAAGUUAUUCAUGUCUGCCAUAACCACAACCUUUUUUCCUUUUGGGAAGGGUUGUUUUUUCUACCAAGUCCUAGUUUUUUAAGGCUUCAUUUUUUUAACUUGGCACUGCAACUUCUACAUUGUGUAAUGAUAUGUUCUUAUCUGCCCUUUGUGCUGUAUGUUAUGAAAAGUAAUGGAAUAAAAUUUUCUGUCUCAAUCCAAGAGCAGACGGGUA